AUGGAAACUGGACUAACAAAGUCCCGUCCUCCUCAGGUGUCUUGGAUCUGGGAACCUGUUGAUGGCCAGCGGGACAACAUCGCCGUGUUCCACCCGACGUACGGGCAGAGCUUUCCCAACCCGGCUUUUCGAAAUCGAGUCAUUUUCCUCCAGAACAGCUUGGAAAACCCGUCCAUCAGGAUUAAGGACCUGAGGAUGUCGGACGCCGGCCGCUACACCUGCGAGUACGCCACCUACCCCUCGGGGAACGAGCAGGGGACCACCACACUCACCAUGCUGGCUAAGCCCAAGAACUCGGCCAAAGUCGUGACAGUCCAGGCCAGCCGUAAGUCAGUGGUGGUGGCCCAGUGCGAGGCGGUGGACGGGAAACCAGCGGCCACCAUCAAGUGGCUGGCGUCAGUGGGAGGAAAUCAUUCGACGACCACCAUGAACGGGCCGGACGGCACAGUGACGGUUCGGAGCGAGUACCGGCUGGUCCCCACAGCGGCGGAUAACGACAGGGAGGUCACCUGCAUGGUGGAGCAGAGGACGCAGGAGCGGCCGUGGGCUCAGACGCUCAGACUUUCUGUGGAGUACCCCCCAACCGUGUCCAUAGACGGCUACGACAACAACUGGUACGUCGGCCGCUCCGACGCCGUGCUGCUCUGCCUGGCCAACGCCAACCCUGCACCCAACGUCACCUGGACCUCGACUUCUGGCCGGUUGCCAGACACGGUGGAGGUUGACGACAACCGGCUGACGGUGAGGAAGGUGGACUACGCCGUCAACACCACCUUCAUCUGUGAGGUCAGGAACAAGCACGGCGCCAGCAGACACCAGCUCACCACGUUCGUCAUCGAAGCCUUGGAGGAUCCGUCCAGCUCCGGCGUCGUGGCAGGCGCCGUCAUCGGCUCCCUGCUGGCCCUCCUUUUGGUCGUGACUCUGGUCGCAGUCCUCCUGACUCGCAGCCGCCGGCAGCAGAGGCGUGGCUUCCCCAGCAGCGGGGACUCCCUUGCCACGGGAAGCAGCGGUGGCAGCAACGGCGCGGACUAUGGCAACAAAGCCCGCCUGCUUUUCAGCGGCGCUGGGAAUGGUGGCAAGAACGGAACGGGCGCCAACAAUAAUGGGCCCAUCUACACAUAUCGGGAGGGCUGCGACGCCACAGGGACGCUAACGGAAAACCCCAACUUCCACCACCAUCUUCACCACGCAUCUACCAGCAACCCACCCACCGCCCACGACAUCCUCCUCUGUGGAGACAUGGAUGAAGCAGAGAGGAGGAAGUUUGAGCUCAACGACAGCAUGGAGGAAGAAGAGGAGCGAUACGAUCGGUUCGUAAACGUCGGGGGAGGCGUGAACAUGUUGCCUCCGGCGUAUCAUCCCCACAGAGGUCACGGUGGCGAAGCGGAGAUGGACGUGUACCUCGAUGAUGAUAUGGAGUCCCAGAGAGACGGCUCAGUUAUUUCCCGAACUGCCAUUUAUGUCUGA